ACAUUUUUUUGUCCACUUUUUUCAACCACUUUUAUUUUAUCUUUCUUCGUGUGCCACCAUUUUUUCAUUUCUACUAGUUUUUUAGAAAAUUUCAUUGAGUAAACUGUAACAAUUGAUAAAAGCGUUCGAUAGUAUUAUCCAUUACACCGGAGCAACUGCAGCAAAUAAACAACACAAUGCGAAAAACGCAUUAUACAUCAAUAGCGCUUUUAUUAGCGGUGAAUCUUUUAAUUGGACCACAAUUCAUAAAUACGGUCAGUGGAGCAGAAGAGGAACAAGAUUUCGAUGAUGGUGUUGUGGAAGAUUUACAAGAUGAUACUCCCUCUGUUUUAGCCACCGAUGAUGAGGGCAAGGAAAUCGUUUAUGAAAGUCCCAAAUAUGAUCCCAGUAAAUUCUAUUUCAUUGAUCAUUUUGAUUAUGUUGAUAAAUCUCAAAAACUCUGGGUAAAAUCUCAGGCUAAAAAAGAUGAUAUUGCUGAAGAAAUAGCUAAAUAUGAUGGCGUUUGGAGUUGGGAACCACCACAACGUAUUGUUUGGAAAAAUGAUAUUGGUUUAGUAUUAAAAUCAAGGGCCAAACAUGCGGCUAUUGCCUCAAAAUUAAUGAAACCAUUUACCUUUAAAGAGGACAAACCAUUGGUGGUACAAUACGAAGUUACUUUACAGGAGGGUCAAGAAUGUGGUGGUUCAUACAUAAAAUUAUUGUCUGCCGGUAAAGCCACUGAUGACCUUACAAAGUUCAAUGAUAAAACUCCCUACACCAUUAUGUUUGGUCCCGACAAGUGUGGCAAUGAUAUUAAAAUGCAUUUCAUUUUCCGCCAUGUUAAUCCAAUUAAUGGCAGCAUUACUGAAAAGCAUUGCCGUAAAGCCAAGGACCGUUUGGAGGAACCUUUCAAAGAUAAAUUGCCACAUUUGUAUACCUUGAUUGUACGUCCUGAUAAUUCCUAUGAAAUCCGUGUUGAUCACAAAGUUAUUAAUGAGGGCUCUUUAUUAAAUGAUUUUACUCCUGCUGUCAAUCCACCACGUGAAAUUGAUGAUCCUGAGGAUAAGAAACCUGAAGAUUGGGAUGAACGUGAAAAGAUACCAGAUCCUUCUGCUCAAAAACCCGAUGAUUGGGAUGAUGAUGCACCUCCACAAAUUCCAGAUCCCACAGCUACCAUGCCAGAAGGUUGGUUAGAAGAUGAACCUGAAAUGAUUCCCGAUCCAUCUGCCGUCAAACCUGAUGAUUGGGAUUCUGAUAUGGAUGGUGAAUGGGAAGCUCCUCUCGUAGAUAAUCCAGUAUGUGAAAAGGCUGUUGGCUGUGGCAAAUGGAAAGCUCCCUUAAUCGCUAACAAAGAAUACAAAGGUAAAUGGCGUGCACCUAUGAUUGAUAAUCCUAACUACAGAGGCAAAUGGACACCAAGACAAAUCUUAAAUCCAGAUUUCUUUGAAGACUUAACACCCUUUAAAAUGACACCCAUAUCUGCUAUUGGUAUUGAAUUAUGGUCCAUGUCUAAUGACAUCUUAUUCGACAAUCUCAUUAUAACCGAUGACAUUGAGGUAGCCACAGAUUAUGCUGCCAAAACGUUUGAUAUUAAACGUCAAUUUAUUGACAAAGAAUCUGAUACAUUUUUAAAUAAAAUUAUAGCUUAUGGCAAAGAGAAUCCUUGGGGCUGGCGUAUUGCCAUUGUUCUUAUUGUAGCACCAUUGGCAUUCUCAUUGUAUCGCUUCUUAAGUAAAGGAGGCAAAAAGGAUACUACUGCUGAUGCUAAGAAAACUGAUGCUCCUCAGCCAGACGAUGAUGAUGAUGUUGCCCCUGAGUUAGUUGCUGAUGAGACAAAAUCUAGUCCCAAAAAGAAAAAGUCUGAUUUAGAUGUUAAAAAUGAUAAUGGUGCAGGCACCGCCGAUGAAAAUAAUGAAGAUUCUAGUGAAGGUUCUAUGCCUUCCGAAGAGUUAGAUAGUGGAGAUGUUGAAAAAGAGACUGAGGAAAAAUCAUCGAAAACCCGUAAACGCCGUGUGCGUAAAGAUGAAUCCUAAUUUUUCUUUUAAAAUAACACCAAAUCAACACAAUAACAAAAAAUCCAUUUAGUACUUUUCUCAUUUAUUUUUAAAUUUAUAAGAAAAAAUCCAAAAACAAGAAAUGGCAGCAAUUCCAUAGCAAAAACUAGUAAAACAAAUUGUUGCAUUAAGAAAUAAACUAGAAAAUCAAACAAAAACAACAACAA